GGAGUACUUUCAUUCAUUGCAUUAUUUCUGUGUGUUGCUUGCGCGUUCGUGUAAUUUAUUUUGUUAAUUCGUUCUGCAAAUUAUUAUAAUUUUGUUAAAAACAGACUUUAUUAAUUACCGUACUGUGAUUCUUUGUAUUUUAAUAAAACUCAUUUUUGUGUAAGUGAAAAGUGUAUUGAAACCAGUUCUCGUCUGUAACAUUUACGGCUACCGCUGCCUUCCUUGUCGAUGUUGUGAUCCUUGUUUUUGUGAAUUUUACGUGUGCGACAAUGGCAGACAAUACUAAACUUACUGACGAGGAGAGGACGGAGAUCAGGGAGCAGUUCUCACAGUUGGACACAUCAGGAAACGGAUACAUCGACCUCAAAGAGCUUAAAGACGCCCUCGACAGUGUCGGAUACAAAAUACCGCAAUGGAAGGUGCGAUGUAUGAUCGAGGAGUACUACGACAACGGUUCCUCGAAGCACGGGCGCGGCGUCAACGGCAGCGUGAACGGAGACGGGCGCAAGAACGGAAUAUCACUCAACGAGUUUGAGGAGCUGUGCGCCAACUUGAAGGCGCAACAGGUGGCCAGCACUUUCAAGCAGGCAGUCAGUAAAAAGGAAAAUUUGGAACACUUGGGUGGCAUGAGUGAAGCUUCCAGUGAUGGCACAACUCACUCUGUACGUCUGGAGGAACAGAUGGCGUUCUCCGGAUGGAUCAACAGUAACCUGGAACACGAUCCAGACCUGAAGCAUCUGCUGCCGAUAGACGCCGAGGGCAAACAGUUGUAUGAGAAGCUGAAAGACGGUCUUAUUCUUUGCAAAGUGAUAAACCACUCGUGCCCGGACACGAUAGACGAGCGCGCCAUCAACAAGAAGAACCUCACUCUGUACACCAAACACGAGAACUUGACGUUGGCGCUAGUGUCGUCGCAGGCCAUUGGCUGUAACAUAGUCAAUAUUGAUGCGCACGACCUCGCCAAAGGUAAACCACACUUGGUGCUAGGCCUGCUCUGGCAGAUCAUCCGCAUCGGCCUGUUCAACCAGAUCACAUUGGAGCAUUGUCCAGGGCUCACAGAGUUGCUGGAUGACCAGGAACGUAUCGAAGACCUCCUGGCCUUAUCACCAGAAGCGAUCCUCCUGCGCUGGGUGAACCACCAGCUGCAGAGCGCGGGCGUCACGCGGCGCUGCACCAACUUCCAGCAGGACGUGGCCGACUCGGAGAUAUACUCGUACCUGCUCAAACAGAUCGCCCCUGACGACGCUGGGGUCACCCUGGACGCUCUCAGGGAGCACGACCUCCUGCGGCGCGCCGAGCUGAUGCUGCAGCAGGCGGCCAAGCUGCGCUGCCGCGCGUUCGUGGCGCCCGCCGACGUGGUGGGCGGCGUGUACAAGCUCAACCUGGCCUUCGUGGCCAACCUGUUCAACCAGCACCCCGCGCUCACCACGCAGCGCGCCGCCGAGGAGUACCACCAGCUCGACGAGACCCGCGAGGAGAAAACGUACCGCAACUGGAUGAACUCGAUGGGCGUGGCGCCGCACGUGAACUGGCUGUACUCGGACCUGACGGACGGGCUGGUCAUCUUCCAGCUCUACGACAUCAUCAGGCCGGGCAUCGUCGACUGGAAGAAGGUCCACCGUCAAUUCUCCAAACUGCGCAAGUUCAUGGAGCGGCUGGAGAACUGCAACUACGCCGUGGAGCUGGGCAAGAAACUGGGGUUCUCGCUGGUGGGCAUCGCCGGGGCGGACAUCAACGAGGGCAACGCCACUCUCACACUGGCUCUGAUCUGGCAGCUGAUGCGGGCGUACACGCUGUCGGUGCUGACGCGGCUCGCCAACACGGGGAACCCCAUCAUCGAGAGGGAGAUCGUGCAGUGGGUCAACAACAAGCUGGCCAGCGCCGGGAAGACCUCCAGCAUCAGGAGUUUCCAGGAUGAAGUUUUGGCGGACGGCAAAGUGGUGAUCGACCUGAUCGACGCCAUCAAACCUGGCUCCAUCAACUACGAUCUGGUGCUGCCUGGAGGCAACGAGGAGGAGAACCUGGCCAACGCUAAAUACGCCAUAUCGAUGGCGCGAAGGUGCGGCGCGCGGGUGUACGCGCUGCCCGAGGACAUCACGGAGCGCAAGCCCAAGAUGGUGAUGACGGUGUUCGCGUGCGUCAUGGCGCUCGGCUACAUCCCCGACGCGGCUGGCGGCCAGACGCAAGUGGAACCUGAGUCAGAGCCCGUGGACUUCCUGGACGAGUCAAUAGACUCUGUUGAGAUCAUAGAGCCGGCUGAGGAAGACUUCGACGACUCUGGCUUCGAGAGUCAGCCGGCAGGCAAGCCGCCUGUGCCGAGGAAACCGGAUAACUUGGCGGCCUUAGCAAGACAAGUUGAAUAGACUUUAUAACUUAGAUUAAGUCUAAUUACCUCUGAAAAUUUAAAGGCAAUGUCAUGCGAAAGUGUUCUUAGGUUUGAUUAUGAAAUAGAUAAAUAUAUAAACAACAAGAUGUGCUCUCAAAAAAGCAACGUUUACCCGUGGUCCCCUACGUUGUCCGGAUAUUUUUUCCCACAAUUAUUAAAAAUAUGGGUAUAUUUUUUUAAUCAAUAUUCACAAAAUUAGUGUUCAAAGGUGAGUUACUUUUCACUUUGGUAAAUUAUGAAGAAGGUCCGUAUAUUGCACUGUCAGGUCGCAUGAACUACAUGGACGUUGGGAGUCCUGUAUGGAAACAAUUAAGAUUUACCCAAAAUAUAUUGCCGAAUAAGGCGUCGUCUUUCAAACCGUCGUUUCAGCGCGUAGUACAAACAGCAUCUAGCUAUAUUACUUAUAGUAAAUAAAUAUUGCGUUUGUACUGCGUUCAAUUUCACCGAACCAUCAUUAAUUAUGAUGCUGUAAAUAUGAAAGAUCAAAUGACUACUGAAAACCAUAUUGUGGGCAAAUGGCUCAAAAAUGCCUGAAAUUUUAGUUUCAAUAGAGCGCUAGAUAAUUUACAACAGUAGAUAGGUAUUAAGUAUAAAUUUUUUAAUUGUUUGAUCAUAACCAUUUGAAAUAUUGAAUAUUUUCAAACUAAUUUUAUUAUUUUAUAUUUUGAGUGCAAUUAUUAUUUAUGCUUAGUUUUAAUUUCAUACAACGCCAUUCCACAAAGAAAAUGUCUAAUUUUCUAUUUAUUUUUAGUUUUAUACUUUGUUUUAAUUAAAAUUUAGAUAGAUACAAGUAUUUUUAUAUGGAUUUUUAAUACAAGAAUUGUUAAAC